UUUGCAGGCUUUUAUCAGUAGAACACAAGCAGAUCUUCUACCUUCAGGGCGCUAACUACAAAAGAAACUGCUGGCUCGAUGACCUGUGAGGGCUGUUUCUGCAUGUACCCUCCAUCUUUUCCCAAGGCUUCUCUGUAGGUAAGAGCUUCUAACCCUAGUCACAUCACUUCUCAGACUGCUAAGUCUUUACAGCUGAAGGUCCCUCUCCUCUGAGAUGGACAGUGUCACCUAGCAGUAUGCUUGCCCAGACGACAUGAACCAGGUCAAAAGUAACCGAGAACUGUUCCUACAAUACUCAGCCACAGCCCCCAAACUGCUGGCCCACGUCUCCAAACUCCUCAUUGUCUGCCGAAACGCAGGCAUUUCCAUACCCAAAGGCAUCAGAAAUAUCUUUGAGUUCACCUGGGAGGAGCUCAUCAGCGACCCUGCAGUGCCUACCCCAUCUGACAUUCAGGAUCUAGUGGUCACCUUAGGAACUCCUACAGUGGUGCUUACAGAGGUGAUUCCAGUGCAGGCCCCCAUGCAGAAGAAGCCACCCCCACCACCCCCACCACCCCCGGUGUUGCUCACGGCCACCAGCGGGGGCAAGCACUCAGCCCCCACCCCUGCCUCUACUCGACUGGUGCCCACUGGCCAAGAUACCCUGCACAAGUUCCAGCGGCAAUCCAUCCACCUGUUGACGGAGCUGCUUUCCCUGAAGAUGAAGGCCAUGGUGGAGUCUGCCUCUGCAGGUGCCAAUCCUCUGGAUAUCACCAAGCGCUUUGUGGAGGCCAGCCAGCUCCUCCAUCUCAAUGCCAAGGAGAUGGCCUUUGACUGCCUGAUUGGCACUGUCGGAAAAAGCUGUCUUAGUGCAGUGCAGCUAGGGAAAGAAUCCCCCAUGAACAUUUCUGCCAUGGGAGUAAAUACUCCUUACCAGCUUGUCUAUCAGACUUCCACAGCCUGUCUGAGCUUCUCCCUUUCUACAGGAAAGGAAGCCAAGAAGAAAGACCCUGGAGGCAAAAAGGCUGUUGAUGAGAUCACACCCCCACUUGCUCGAGCCCGAACCCCUCCUGAAAGCACUAUCAUGGAGUUCCAGGACCCCUGCCCUGAGGCACGGGAAAAGCUGCAGGAUAUGUGUCGCCACAUAGAAGCCGAAAGGAUCUUGUGGAGAGGGAGGAAUGGCUCCUGCCCCAUGAUUUUACGCAACUACAGGUCAAAGAUACCCUCUCAUUUAAUGUUGACCUCCAAGGGGGACUCUCACCAUCCUCCCACUGCGGGGACUCAGAUUACUGCUUCCACUCCUCACCAGCCUUCCAGCCAUCAUGCUCACAUGGGCCGCCAUUCUCAAGAGUGGAAAGGGCCCAAGAAGUCCAUCAAGCUGCAUUACACUUUCUAUGAUGGCUCCUCCUUCAUUUACUAUCCCUCCGGAAACAUUGCCAUGCUUCAGAUUCCCACGUGCUGCAGAGGGAAACCCAUCACCUGCCUCUUUAACGACAUGCCUAACACCUUCCUGGCUCUGUUCAAUGCUGAAGGCCAGGGCUGUGUUUACUACAACCUGAAGAACUGCUGUCCAUAUGUAUUGGUUUUGGAUGAAGAAGGUGGGAUCACAAAUGACCAAAAGGGCUACAUAGUCCAUAAGUGGAGCUGGGCUAACAAGACUGAGACAUUGCUCUCUCUGGAAUACAAGGUGAAUGAACAAAUGAAGUUAACAGUCUUGGGUCAGGACUCCAUCACUGUCACCUUCACCUCCAUGAAUGAGACAGUAACAGUCAGUGUGUCACCCAAAAGCUGUCCCCAUGGCAUGGUGCAUGACAAACGGCCAGUUCGCAGAAUCAGUACCAUGGAUGAAAAAAUGUUAAAGAUAAACAGAGCCCUGGUUGAGAUCAAGAAGCGGUUUCAGAAGACUGUGAGUCAGUUUAUGAACUCCGUGUUGCUGGCAGCAGGUCUGUUCACCAUAGAAUAUCCCAGCUUAAAGGAAGACAUAGAAGCUAGUCGGGUCAAGUUAAAAUCCGGGUCUUAUCCUGAUCGGAGCCGUAAGUCAAGUUUAUACCAAGGAGAAAACCUCGUGCGUUCCCAGUCAGCCCGACCAGACUCCUUAAUUGAAGACACAUUGAAGGAAGAGACUAUACAAACACUCUUGAUCCCUGUUCGAAAGAAGAGCAACAAACUCCAGGCCAAAGUCACACCAAGAGGGAAGCCGAGAGAGGUACGCAGCCCCACCAGGUGGGCAGCCUCACCCUCUGACUGCCCACUGGUGCUGCGGAGGCUCAUUCGCAAGGAAGACAUCCGGGCUGGCUGCAAGUGUAUUGUGAAGGCACCCCUGGUAUCCGACUUGGAGCUAGAGCGCUUUCUGUCUGCACCCCGAGACCCCAACCAAGUGCUGGUAUUCGGGAUAAUGUCGAGCCAGAAUCCCAAUUGCACUGCACAGCUGCAGUGGCUGUUGGACACACUGUAUAGCCAUCGGCAGCAGGGCCGUUCCUCACCCUGCAUCCAGUGCCAGCAUGAUCCUUACCGCCUGCUGCGGUAUGAUCUGGACAGCCCCCUGCAGAAGGAUCCACCCCUAAUGGUGAAGAAGUUUGCUGUGGUGCACGGGAUGGUUUUGAUGUUUGCUGGUGGGAAGCUCCUUUUUGGGGGCUGUGUCCUAAAUGGCUAUGGCUUCAGCAAGCAGAAUCUGUUGAAACAGAUCUUCCGGGCACGACAGGAUUGCAAGAUGGGCUAUUUCCUGCCAGACAACUACAAAUUCAACAUGUCAACCUAUAUCUCAAGCCUGGAUGAUUCUGAAUCAGCCAAAAGAUCGCCAUCUGAAGAUUUCGAAGGCAGUGUCUCUUCAUUGGCGCUUGGAGACAAAAUGGAGAAAAUACCUUCUACCUCACCUGACAAGUUGAAACAGCUUGAAGUGGCACUGCAGCCUUUCCUCAAGAACAGGAGGAACAGUAAGAAGACAGGUGGCUGGAAGAAGUCAGGAUCUAAGAAGUGAUGCUGGAAGAGCCAGAGAUGCCCUCCCCACACCCAGCCCUACCUCCUGGUCUCCCGCCACCCUUCAAUAAACACGCCUGCCUCCA